AUGGUCGCAUCAAAUCCCAUGUAUUCCAGCGGAAUGUCAUUGAGGAAAAAGUUUUUGGCUACUGUCAUUAACGACAUUUGGCCAGAAACUCUAUUUUUCUCAGCAGUAGCUACUAUGGUGGCUGCAAUCUCGAAACUCACAGACCACGAACUGGUUCUGAACAAUGGUUUACUCGGUGUGCUGGGUACCGUCCUCGGUCUCGUCAUCUCUUUCCGAACUUCUUCUGCAUAUGAACGAUACUCUGAUGGACGGAAGAUGUGGACAAACAUUGGGACCUAUUCUAGGACUCUGGCAAUGACAAUUUGGAUCCACAUUUCCAACGACAGACCUGCACCCCCUGGAGGUCGCGCCCCGACACAGCUCGAAUGUAUAAUCGAAAAGAAGUCCAUGGUCAAUCUGGUGCAAGCGCUUUCUGUUUCCAUCAAGCAUUACCUUCGUGGCGAAUCUGGUGUCUACUAUCAAGACCUUUAUCCUUUGAUCUGCUUUCUGCCUCGAUACGCGAAUGGAGGAUCCACGGAGCGCGAUUUACUUCCAAUGUGGCACGCAUCCGAAGACGGCGAAUAUCCACUCGAACACAACCCACAACGCGCUGCCGGAACUAGGAGCAAUUCCUCGCAUACUAUGGGUUCGAACUACAAAGAGGAAACAUCAUCGACCUUUUUCGGCUCUCUUCGCAAGCACAACAAGGUCUUCGACCCUGAGAAGGUUUUGCCUGUCGUUGACGUUCAUCGUCCUCUCAAGCCUUCCAGAAACCCUCCGCGGGCCGGAUUCACCGAUUAUUUCCCUUUCUUGAAGAUAUUCAAGUUGAUCGCCAAGCCGUUUAGGAAAAGCCCAGGUAGCCAGAAUGUUGAUAUGCGCGCAGUCUUUGGAAAGAAGCGUAAGCCUAGACCUUGUGAUAGCAAUGUUCCGGUGGAAAUUUCACUUUUCUUGAUGAAUUAUGCCAAUGUUAUGAUCAGGGCCGGGAAUAUCCCAGCUCCUGUCGCUGGAACUUUUGUUGGUACUAUCAAUAGUAUCCAGGACACUCUGAGCAAUCUGGAACGUAUCGCGGACACUCCCCUUCCAUUUGCCUAUCAAGCUCAUCUUCGUAUCUCUAUUUGGAUAUAUCUCUUGGCAUUACCCAGUGCAAUUCAGUUCCAAAUUGUAUCAACUUUUGGUUGGCUGACUAUUCCUGGGACCGCAUUCACUACGUUCCUCUAUCUCGGCUUUCUCGAAAUCGGCCAAGAAAUUGAAAACCCCUUCAAUUAUGAUCUCAAUGACUUGGACCUUGAUGAUUUCUGUUUCAUGAUUCAAAGAGAACUACAUGAAAUUACUGCUCACCCUAACCCCGAUCCUUCUGAAUAUGUUUUCGGUCCUUGGAAUCAGCCAUUUGCUCCGGCUGAUCGUCGUAAUGCCCAGGAGCUCAUUCAAGCCAAUGACGCAUACACGCAUUCUGAUCACGGUCCUGACAGUCAACCUGGCUCACACAGUAUCCAACGAACCUUACUCAAAGGCUGGAAAGAUGUUGAUUUUUCCACACGAAAGUGA